UAAAUACCCCUUCUUCUCAAAUUCUUACUACAUUUGUUGUUUGAAAACCAAAAGCUCACUACCAUGAAACUGGUAAUUUUUCUCUUCUUGAUUGCAACAACAACUUUCGCUCGGGAGGGUUUCGGUCCGACGGAACAAGAAUGGGGUUUUGUCACCGUCCGUGAAGGUGCCCAUAUGUUUUGGUGGUUGCAACAGACAAGUGCAAAUGUCGAAAGUUAUACAGAAAGACCUCUAGUAAUCUGGCUGCAAGGAGGUCCAGGAUCUUCAUCUACCGGAUAUGGUAAUUUUGCAGAAUUGGGACCUCUGGAUGCCGAUUUGAAUCCAAGAGCUACAACUUGGCUUAAUAAAUACAACGUUCUUUUUGUGGAUAAUCCUGUGGGAACCGGUUACAGUCACGUAGAUUCUUUCGAUGCAUUGACAACUACAAACAGACAAAUAGCAGAUGAUUUUGUUGUUUUAUUGCAAGGAUUUUACGAAGCUAUUCCCGAACUGAAGGAUACUCCUUUGUAUAUCUUUUGCGAGUCGUAUGGUGGAAAAAUGACUGCGGAAAUAGCUCUUGUUGUAGAUCAGGCCAUCAAAGAAGGGACUUUGGAUAUUCAGUUGCUUGGUGUUGGUCUUGGAGAUUCUUGGAUUUCUCCUGUAGAUUCUGUUUUGACGUGGGGACCAUAUCUACUCAGUGUGGGCGCUGUUGACCAAAAUGGUUAUGAAGAGAUUCAGAAAUCAGCUGAAGCUACAAAAGCAGCUUACGAUGCAGGAGAUUACUCUAGAUCUACGGACCUCUGGGGACAAACCGAAGGCGUAGUUCUGUCGCAAACAGAUAAUAUAGACUUUUAUAACAUCCUUACAAAAGUAUCAGAUGCAUGGAAAAUAAGGAAAAUAGCAAAACCAUCGGUAGCUGACGAUGUCGACUAUAAAAUUGACAUUCUUAUGAAUGGACAAGUAAAAGAAGCAUUGGGUCUAGAUGUUGAUUGGGGUGAUCAAAGUAAUGCUGUGUUUAGCGGCCUUUAUGAAGAUUUUAUGAAACCAGUGACCGAAAUUGUCGAAGAACUUUUGAACACAACAAACAUCAGAGUAGCAGUUUAUAAUGGACAGCUUGAUUUAAUAGUUGACACGCCAGGAACAAUUAAAUGGGUUGAUGAAUUGCAAUUUGAUGGUUCAUCGGAGUGGAAAACAGCUGAGAGGAAUGCAGUAGCUGUAGAUGAUAUUGUAGAAGGUUAUUACAAAAAAGUAGGAAACCUAGCAUUCUACUGGGUUCUUAGAGCGGGCCACAUGGUACCAGCAGAUAAUCCUAGUGCCAUGGACUUUAUUUUAGAAGAUGUAAUCGACGGCACGUGGAACAAAUAAUAAAGAUUGUUGUGUUAAAGAAAGACAAAGAAAUAAAAAGUACCUAUUUUAAGAUUAAA